AUGUCUGGCAGAGACGCUCGUGACCGAGCACCGAGAGUGAAGAACAGAGCCCCAGCGGCAGUUCAAAUUACCGCCGAGCAACUUUUGCGAGAAGCUCAGGAGAGACAGGAACCUUCCAUCCAGGCUCCAAAGCAGAGAGUUCAGGACUUAGAGGAACUCUCAGAGUUUCAAGGAAGGAAAAGGAACGAAUUUGAAGGGAGGAUCAGAUAUUCCAGAGACAGUAUAAGAGCUUGGAUCAAAUAUGCUCAAUGGGAAUCGAGUCAGAAUGAAUUCGAAAGGGCUAGAUCGGUAUUUGAGCGUGCUUUGGAUGUUGAUCCCAGGUCUACUGAGUUAUGGCUCAAAUACACUGAUAUGGAAUUGAAAGCACGUAAUAUCAAUCACGCCCGAAACUUGUACGACAGAGCUGUCACUCUAUUGCCCCGAGUCGAUGCGUUAUGGUAUAAAUAUGUCUAUCUCGAAGAAUUACUGCUCAACGUCCCUGGUGCUAGACAAAUAUUCGAAAGAUGGAUGCAGUGGGAACCGAAUGACAAGGCUUGGCAGAGUUACAUCAAAUUAGAAGAGAGGUAUAACGAGCUAGAUAGAGCUUCGGCAAUUUAUGAGAGAUGGAUUGGGGUUAGACCGAUACCGAAGAAUUGGGUGAUAUGGGCCAAGUUUGAGGAGGAUAGAGGUCAACCUGACAAAGCUAGAGAAGUCUUCCAAACGGCUUUGGAGUUUUUCGGAGACGAAGAGGAACAGGUGGAGAAAGCGCAACAGGUGUUUGCGGCUUUUGCAAGGAUGGAAACUAGGUUGAAGGAGUAUGAGAGGGCAAGAGUGAUUUACAAGUUUGCCCUGGCACGACUUCCCCGAUCAAAAUCUGCAAGCUUGUACGCGGCGUACACCAAGUUCGAGAAACAACAUGGUGAUCGUGCUGGAGUAGAAUUGACUGUUCUUGGGAAACGUCGUAUACAGUAUGAGGAGGAGCUUGCAUACGAUGGAACGAACUACGAUGCCUGGUUCUCAUUGGCUAGGCUGGAAGAAGAUGCAUAUCGAGCGGAUAAGGAAGAUGGAGAGGAUGUGGAGCCUACCAGAGUACGAGAGGUGUAUGAGAGGGCGGUAGCGAAUGUACCGCCUGCUCUGGAGAAGCGAUAUUGGCGAAGGUAUAUCUAUUUAUGGUUGCAAUAUGCCGCUUUCGAGGAGAUUGACACGAAGGACUUUGGUCGGGCCAGGGAUGUAUACAAAGCCGCCAUCAAGCUAGUACCACAUAAAACGUUUACAUUUGCCAAGCUAUGGCUUGCGUACGCCUACUUCGAGAUUCGACAAUUAGACGUCACGGCUGCCCGAAAGGUACUAGGUGCUGGUAUAGGGAUGUGCCCAAAGCCAAAGCUUUUCUCAGGAUAUAUUGAGCUGGAAAUGAGAUUGAGAGAAUUCGAUCGUGUGCGAACGCUCUACGAGAAAUUCCUUACUUACGACCCAUCUCUCAGUUCCGCCUGGAUCCAAUGGACUCAAGUCGAAUCCGCCGUGGAAGACUUCGAGCGUGUUCGCGCUAUCUUCGAACUUGCCGUACAGCAAGCAUUGGAUAUGCCCGAGAUUGUAUGGAAAGCAUAUAUCGAUUUCGAAUCUGGUGAAGGAGAGAGAGAACGUGCCAGAUCAUUAUACGAGAGAUUGCUCGAACGUACCUCACACGUCAAGGUGUACAUCUCAUACGCACUUAUGGAAGUAUCUGUACUUGGUGGUGGAGAGGAUGAAGAUGGGAAUGAGAUUGAGGGUGAAGCUGGUGAUCCUGAAUUAGCGAGAGCUGUCUUUGCAAGAGGAUACAAGGAUCUCAGAGCGAAGGGAGAGAAGGAAGAUCGUGCACUUUUGUUGGAAUCGUGGAAAUCGUUCGAGGAACAACAUGGUUCUCCCGAAGAUCUGGCAAAGGUGGAAGAGAUGAUGCCUACUACUCGAAAGAGAUGGAGAAAGGCGGAAGAUGGCAGCGAUACGCUCGAGGAAUAUUGGGAUCUCAUUUUCCCCGAUGACGAGAGAGAUGCCAACCCCACAUCUUUCCGAUUCUUCCAAGCUGCUCAACAAUGGGCUGCUCAACGUGGUGGAGAAGAGGGAGAAGGUGGUCUAUCGUACGACUUACCUUCAGAUUCCGAUGAGGAGGACGAUGAAGAUGAGGGGGAGAAAGAUGCAGAGGCGAUGGAUGAGGACGAUUAG